AUGGGAGGAGUUCUUGAUAAAAUUCAAAGUGAGGUAAACGUUUUAAUGGGUGAAAAAGAAGCAGAAGAAAUAGAUGAUUAUGAAGAAAUAAAACGUUUAAAUAGUCUGACUGAUGACAAGACAGGAAAUUUGAAACUGGAACAAUCUAGAUGGAGUUUGAUAAAAACAGAUUCUACAAUUAUUCAGCAAUCAAAUGUUCCUGUUUGGCAAAAAAUUAUUGAACAAAACAAUGAAUGUGUGGGAAAUCAAUUUGAAGGUGUAUCAAGUGAUAUGCAAAAGGGAAACAGUAAUUCUAAAAAGUCAUUGAGUAGUGUGGCUAGUAGUGGUAAAUCAGUAACUGGUGAUUCUGGACAAGGUGAAGAGGAUGUUACAAAUGAUGUGUUUUCUGAAAAUAAUAUUUACACCAUUGGGGACUACACAGAGAGUGGUUCAAUGAUGGGAGAUCAUGAAGAUGGAUACAGAGAUAAAUAUUCCUGGUCACAUCAUGCAAAUGGAGGGCCACCAGAACACAACCCUUUUUACACCAGUAUAGACAGUAUGCCUGAAGUCAAGCUGCGACGGAAAUCUAUUCCACUUGUUAGUGAGUUGUGUCUCAAAAAAAGACUUGUCUUUUUAACUUUCAAACCCGUAUAA